AUGAUUUUUCUGAAUAGCUGUGUAGAAGGACAAAUAGACCAUAGGAAGCUCGAGGAAUCGCUAGGGGACUACACUCGUGCAGUGAAAAUCCGCAGGCAGUUCAUCCAAAACCAACGCUCAACAGUAAGCAAAGAGCCAAACUUCAUGGACUCCGUUCCUUUCCAGAAUUUGGACUAUAGUUCAAUCUUCCAUCGAUGCUGUGAGAAUGUCAUUGGAUAUGUCCCGAUACCGGUUGGAAUUGCUGGCCCAUUGGUAAUUGAUGGCGAGCCUCUGUAUGUUCCAAUAGCUACCACGGAAGGCGCACUGACUGCUAGUAUCUCUCGAGGAGCGAAGGCAAUUAGCAUGGGAGGCGGCGCCACAGCCUUCCUUAAUGCUAACAGCAUCACCCGCGCCCCUUGCCUAAAGUUUUUAUCUCUCUCGCGCGCUCGCCAGGCAAAAGAAUGGCUAGAAUCUGGUGACGCGGAAGAGAUCAUCAAGAGCGCAUUUUCGGGGACUAGCGGCCAUAUUACAUUUGAAGGCCUGACAACCUUCAUGGUCGGGGAGCUAUUAUAUGUCCGCUUCAAAGCUUUUACCGGGGACGCCAUGGGAAUGAACAUGGUUUCCAUUGCUGCAGAUAAUGCUCUAGCAUGUAUGAAGCGAUCCGGAUUCGAGGACAUGGAGGUCAUUUCUCUAUCCGGAAACGUCUGCAGCGAUAAAAAAUCGGCCGCCAUCAACUGGUUAGAGGGCAGAGGGAAAAGUGUCUCGGCACAGGCCCGUAUACCUGCCAAGGUAGUGGAAAGCGUUCUGAAAACCACCCCCUCUGCCUUGGUGGAAUUGAACACUGCCAAAAAUCUCAUUGGUAGCGCCAUAUCCUGCUCCCUAGGUGGGUUUAAUGCGCAUGCCAGUAACACAGUGUCCGCUAUCUUUUUGGCGACCGGACAAGAUGUUGCUCAGAACGUCGAGAGUAGCAAUUGCAUCACUACCAUGAGCCUCGUGGCGGAUGAUUUGCUUAUUUCCGUGACAAUGCCAUCGAUUGAAGUUGGAACCGUUGGGGGUGGCACUAUUCUCCCAGCCCAGGCAUCUUUACUGGAUCUGCUGGGGGUGCGCGGAUCAAGCCCUCAUGGCCCGGGCGUGAACUCAGCAAAACUAGCCAAGAUAAUUGCGAGCACAGUACUCGCUGGGGAGCUGAGCGUGUGUGCUGCGUUAGCAAGUAACGACCUAGUUCGUAGCCAUCAAAAACUGAAUCGGAAACGCUAGGCCGAGACGCAGC